CAGGAACUUAUGUCCUGUUUGGUAUUUGUUCAACCAUGUUCCCGUGUUGUUCCAAUAGUACUACAGUAGCACUAUUUCAGUCCAAAAUAUGUCAGUAACGGAACACUUUCAAAACAAAUUCACUACCCAAUGCUGGAACAAGAUUUUGGUGUUCCAUUUUGCACCAGCCCUAUCUUAACUGUAGCUAAGCCCUAAUCUCGUUUAUCAUCCAUCCCAAAUCAUUUCAGUCUCCCAAGCGCCUAAUCUCUAUUUCGCUCUCUCUCUCUCUCUGCAACUGCCUCCAUGUAUGGGUUUUGUUUUAAUUAUUUUUAGGGCAAAUCAUUUCAGCCUCCCACCUCCAUCUCUAUUCUCGCUCUCUCUCUGCAACUGCCUCCAUGUUUGGGUUUUGUUUUAAUUUUUUUUAGGGCAAAUCAUUUCAGCCUUCCACCUCCAUCUCUAUUCCCGCUAUCUCUCUCUGCAACUGCCUCCAUGUAUGGGUUUUGUUUUAAUUAUUUUUAGGGCAAAUCAUUUUAGCCUCCCACCUCCAUCUCUAUUCUCGCUCUCUCUCUGCAACUGCUUCCAUGUAUGGGUUUUGUUUUAAUUUUUUUUACGGCAAAUCAUUUCAGCCUUCCACCUCCAUCUCUAUUCUCGCUCUCUCUCUCUGCAACUUCCUACAUGUAUGUGUUUUGUUUCAAUUAUUUUUAGGGCAAAUCAUUUCAGCCUCCCACCUCCAUCUCUGUUCUCGCUCUCUCUCUGCAACUGCCUCCAUGUAUGGGUUUUGUUUUAAUUAUUUUUAGGGCAAAUCAUUUCAGCCUCCCACCUCCAUCUCUAUUCUCGCUCUCUCUCUCUGCAACUGCCUCCAUGUAUGGGUUUUGUGUUUAAUUUUUUUUUUAGGGCAAAUCAUUUCAGCCUCCCAAUUGCCCUAGUCUCUCUCUCCUCUCUCUGCAACUGCAAUUCUGUGUGUAUGGGUUUUGUUUUAAUUUUUUUCCUAAAUCAACUAAUCAAGCUCUGUAAUUCUUGUUUUGCAAACUAAUUAAGCUCUGUAAUUAAUUUAUUUUAAUCAUAAAUAAUAAUAAUAAUAAUAAAUUCUAUUCCAAAAUUCUCACUCCAAAUUUUCAUCCCAAACCUGUUUUGAUCUCAUUUCAGAACACUACACCACACAAAACUUCCCAAACGGGCCCUUAUCAUUACGUUCUCAUCAUUUUCAUUUCUAUCCCACUGAAACUCAAAACACAUUUGAAAUGCAUACAAAGAACCCUUUAUGGCUACCUGGUCUCAUCACACACAUGAAGAACAAGAAAAAGCUAGCUAAGAGGAAGAGAGAAAGUGGGGUCAUGAAGGUUGUGUUCAAGAAUAAGAAGAAGAAGGAGACCAGGGACACUUCUUCAUUACCACCUUCCAACACUUCUUCAUCGUCCACUUCUCCACCUGCUGCAGCAGGAUGCGACUAUGAAGUGUUCUUGAGUUUUAGAGGCCCAGACACUCGUAAAACCUUCACUGACUACCUCUACAACGACCUUGUGGCUGCAGGAAUUCACACGUAUAGAGACGACAAUGAGCUUCGCAUUGGAGAGAAGAUAAGCGAUGAGCUUCUCGAGGCUAUACAGCACUCAAAGAUAUCCAUACCAGUCUUUUCCAAACACUAUGCUUCAAGUAAGUGGUGCCUGCUUGAGGUCACCAAGAUGGUUGAGUGUAGGAGGACUCGGGGGCAAAUCAUAUUACCCAUUUUCUACGACGUUGAACCAUCCGAUGUGCGAAAGCAGACGGGGACUUACGAAAAGGCCUUCCGGCAGCACAAGAAGCAUUUUGAUAGUGCUAUUGUGGAGGAGUGGAAGAAGGCAUUGAGGGAGGUUGGAGAAUUGAAGGGUUGGGAAGUUGCUGAUAGUUAUCAAGGACAACUGGUAAAGGAGGUUGUUUCAGAGGUAUGGGAAGAGUUGAAAAGGAACACAUUGGUUGUAAAUGAAUGCUUAGUCGGAAUUGAAGAUCAUGUAGAAGAAAUGAUGAAAUUGUUGAGUGUUAAUUCCAAUGAUGUAAGGAUUGUGGGAAUCCAUGGCAUGGGAGGAAUUGGCAAGACCACUAUAGCCAAGGUCAUCUACAACCAACUCUCCCAACGUUUCAAAUCAUGUUGCUUCCUUGCAGAUGUUAGAGAAACAGCACAACAACAGAAUGGUUUUGUUCAUUUGCAAAACCAACUUAUAUCUAGCAUCUUAAAACAGAGAUGCUCUGACUUAAUUAGGUCUAUGGACGAAGGAAUUAAUGCAAUCAAAGACAGAUUUUCUGGGAGGAAAGUUCUUGUCGUCGUUGAUGAUGCCGAUCACAGAGAUCAGCUUCAAGCACUUGCACUUGUGGGAAAGUGUGAUUGGUUUGGUUCAGGAAGUAGGAUAAUUGUCACAACUAGAAACAAAGAGAUUCUAAAUCUGGCUGGGGUCAUUUGGACUUAUGAACCAAAGCAAUUGGAUUCUAAUCUAUCUCUUCAACUUUUCAGCAGGUAUGCUUUUAGAAGGGACUAUCCCCCAGAAGACUAUGAUACUUUAUCUAGAGAUGUUGUGUCCACUACUGGAGGGUUACCUUUGGCUCUUGAGAUUAUUGGUUGUCUUUUUAUUAGCAUUGAAAAAGAGGAAUGGGAAGAUAAAUUAGAGGAGUUGAAAAUAGCACCAAAUGAAGAAGUGCAACAGAAGCUGAAAAUAAGUUACGAUGCAUUGAAUGAUAAACAAAAACAGAUAUUUCUCGAUAUUGCCUGUCUUUUCAUUGGAGUGGACAGAAGGAUUGCUUCCCACAUGUGGGAUUAUCCCAAAAGUGAUAUUGGAGUUCUUAUGCGCCGGUCAUUGGUAAAAAUUGGAGAUAACAAUGAGCUAAGGAUGCAUGAUCAGCUUAGAGACCUUGGCAGGGACAUUGUCCGUCAAGAAAAUAAUAAUAAUCCGGAGGAGCGUAGCAGGGUGUGGUUUCAUGAAAAAGCCUAUGAAAUAUUGGAGACUCGUACAGGAACAAAAAAGGUUGAAGCUAUCUGUGUUAACUUUGAAUCAGAGUCACAGGCAUGCUGUCUUACAAAUGCAGAAUUUGUAAACCUAUCUAAUCUAAGGUUCCUUCAAAUAGACUUUACAAAGCUGGAAGGAGAUUUUAAGGGUCAUCUUUUAAAGUUAAGAUGGCUUCGCUGGAAUGGAUGCCCUGAAGUUUUUAGACCAACCAAUUUUAACCUAAAGAAUCUGGUCAUUCUUGAUUUAUCACGAAGCAAGGUCACAGAAGCCUGGGAGGGUUGGAAUCAUAUCAAGAUUGCAAAAAAGUUGAAAGUUCUAAAUCUCACAGGUUGCGGCUGCAUGGUUACAACUCCUGAAUUCUCUGCAUAUUCAACUUUCGAAAGAUUGAUUCUUGAAGACUGUGAGAGUUUGGUUUAUAUUGACCCAUCUAUUGGGCAUCUCAAGAGUCUAGUUUUCUUAAAUGUGAAGAAUUGUGCUAAAUUCAAAAGGCUGCCUCUGGAAUUCGAUUCUUUGGAGGAGCUCCUCAUCGAUGGUACUUCUAUAGAAGAAGUCCCUAUUGGUAGAUCUUUGACAUACUUGAGCACAUCAUCGUGCGAAUUAGUAGAAAAUUUUCCAGAUCUUUCUAAUUUAAAAAAAUUAAGGAAAUUAGAUACUGAGCAAUGCACGAAUCUGAAAGAGAUUAGGGGACUUGACAAAUUGGAAUCCUUGGAAUAUCUGAAUAUGAGUGGGUGCAUAUCCUUGGAAAGAUUGCCUGAUCUGUCUAACUUGGAAAUGCUGGAAGUAUUAAGGCUCGCCGAGUGCCAGAAGCUACAUGAGAUUAAGGGUCUUGAGGCUUUGAAAUCCUUGAAGAUGCUGGUCUUGUCAUCGUGCAUAUGCUUGGAAAGAUUGCCCAAUCUGUCGAACUUGGAAAUGCUGGAAGUAUUAAGGCUCGGUGAAUGCCAGAAGUUACACGAGAUUGAGGGUCUUGAGGCUCUGAAAUCCUUGAAGAUUUUGGUCUUGUCAUCGUGCAUAUCCUUGGAAAGAUUGCCCGAUCUGUCGAACUUGGAAAUGCUGGAAGUAUUAAGGCUCACCGAGCUCCAGAAGCUACAUGAGAUUAAGGGUAUUGAGGCUUUGAAAUCCUUAAAGAUGCUGGACUUGUCAUCUUGUAUCUCUUUGGAAAGAUUGCCUGAUCUGUCGAACUUGGAAAUGCUGACAGAAUUAUAUCUCGCCCAAUGCCACAAGCUACACGAGGUUGAGGGUCUUGAGGCUUUGAAAUCCUUGUGGAUGUUGGACUUAUCAUCGUGCAAAUCCUUGGAAAGGUUGCCUGAUGUAUCGAAGUUGGAAUCCCUGGAGUCGCUAGACUUGUCAUAUUGCACAGCUUUGAAGACGAUACUUGAUCUGUCAUCUUUGAAAUCCCUGGAUUUGCUGCGGGACUUGUCAUAUUGCACAGCCUUGGAAAGAUUGCCUCAUCUGUCGAACUUGGAAAAGCUGGAAAGAUUAAAGCUCACCCACAGCCAGAAGCUACAUGAGAUUGAGGGUCUUGAGGCUUUGAAAUCCUUGAAGAUGCUGGACUUGUCAUCGUGCAUAUCCUUGGAAAGAUUGCCUGAUUUGUCGAAGUUUGAAAUGCUGGAAGAAUUAACGCUUGCCGAGUGCCAGAAGUUACAUGACAUUGAGGGUCUUCAGGCUUUGAAAUCCUUGAGUAAGCUGAACUUGUCAUUUUGUAUAUCCUUGGAAAUAUUGCCUGAUCUGUCAAAGUUGGAAAUGCUGAAAGAAUUAAAGCUCACCAAGUGCCAGAAGCUACAUGAGACUGAGGGUCUUGAGGCUUUGAAAUCCUUAAAGAUGCUGGUCUUGUCAUCGUGCAAAUCCUUGGAAAGAUUGCCUGAUCUGUCGAACUUGGAAAUGCUGGAAAUAUUAAAUCUCGCCGAGUGCCAGAAGCUACGUGAGAUUGAGGGUCUUGAGGCUUUGAAAUCCUUGCGCAUACUGGACUUGUCAUCAUGCAUAUCCUUGGAAAGAUUGCCUGAUCUGGCGAACUUGGAAGUGCUAGAAGAAUUAGAUCUCGACAAGUGCCAGAAGCUACAAAAGAUUGAGGGUCUUGGGGCUUUGAAAUCCUUGUGGUUGCUGGAUUUGUCAUCAUGCAUAUCCUUGGAAAGAUUGCCUGAUCUGUCGAACUUGGAAUCCCUGGAGUCGCUAGACUUGUCAUAUUGCAUAGCAUUUGAGAGGAUACCUGAUCUGUCGGCUUUGAAAUCCUUGAAGACACUGGACUUGUCAUAUUGCACAGCCUUGGAAAGAUUGUCUGGUCUAUCAAACUUGGAAAUGCUGGAAGACUUAAAGCUCACCCACAGCCAGAAGCUACAUGAGAUUGAGGGUGUUGAGGCUUUGAAAUCGUUGAGGAAGCUGGACUUGUCAUCGUGCAUAUCCUUGGAAAGAUUGCCUGAUCUGUCUAACUUGGAAAUGCUGGAAGAAUUAAAUCUCGCUGAGUGCCAGAACCUAUAUGAGGUUGAGUGUCUAGAGGCUUUGAAAUCCUUGAAGAAGCUGGUCUUGUCAUCUUGCAAAUCCUUAGAAAGAUUGCCUGAUCUGUCAGAGUUGGAAUCCCUGGAGUUGCUAGACUUGUCAUAUUGUGUAGCCUUUGAGAGGAUACCUGAUCUGUCGGCUUUGAAAUCCUUGAACACGCUGGACUUGUCAUAUUGCACAGCCUUGGAAAGAUUGUUUGGUCUAUCAAACUUGGAAAUGCUGGAAGUCUUAAAGCUCACCCACAACCAGAAGCUACAUGAGAUUGAGGGUCUUGAGGCAUUGAAAUCCUUGAGCAAGCUGGACUUGUCAUCAUGCAUAUCCUUGGAAAGAUUGCCUGAUCUGUCGAACUUGGAAAUGCUGGAAGAAUUAAAUCUCACCAAUUGCCAGAAGCUAUAUGAGAUUGAGGGUCUUGAGGCUUUGAAAUCCUUGAAGAUGCUGGUCUUGUCAGCGUGCACAUCCUUGGAAAUAUUGCCCGAUCUUUCAAACUUGGAAAUGCUGGAAGUAUUAAAUCUCGCCAAGUGCCAGAAGUUACAUGAGAUUGAGGGUCUUGAGGCUUUGAAUUCCUUGCGCAUACUGGACUUGUCAUCGUGCUUGUCCUUGGAAAGAUUGCCUGAUCUGUCGAACUUGGAACUGCUAGAAGAAUUAAAUCUCGACUAGU